AUGAAGCUCAAUUCCCUCCCAACCAUUUUGGCUCUUGCCUCUAGUUCCCCAACAGCGCCUUGGGCGAAAGCCAUAGAGAAGCGCAACCCAACGGGUCCUUUCAGCCUGGUCGCAUACGGGAUCGCAUCAUCGUACAUUAAGAUACUCUAUUCUGACGUAACCACCACCGCCACCGCGGCUGGUGUCACCCUCGAUGUGGGAAGUCUAUUCUACAUCCGACCCACUGAGGAUGCGAUCACGUCAGUUGGGUUUACCGGGAACGACGCCACCGUACCUUGCGACGCGACUAGUGAAAGUUUCAUCUUCUGUGGUACCUAUCUGAUGUGGGAAGAGUUCGGGGGGAAUUGA